CCACGAUGUCAUCUUCCAAAGGUUUGAGACCGUCUAAAAUCGACACUACCUUCUCAACCAGUGCUGAAAUAGAAUCUUUCGUUGACUUCAACAUGAAAUCCCCUAUCAAAGGAGAUCCUUCUAAGCCAAUGUUCCAGGCACACCCAGAUGUAAAAAGUUCUGUGUACCAUACCUCUCCAGUGACUGGGUCCAAACUAAUGAGCAUCCUCUCUCACUCACUGCACAACUACAUUAACCCGAUCUCAUACAGAGGACAAUGAUGGCAAGCCAUUAAGGAUAACUACACGAACAAUAAGUCUGCCUUUAUAAUCGAAGUCGCAUUUGUCAUGACCAACUUUGCACUGUUCAGUCAUUAUAGGAGAAGUUCUAUUGUAGGCCAGAAGAAAAAGUUUGUGUACCAGCAAUACCAAAGGAAGAAGUUCCUUGAAGAAAGUCUGAGGAUUAAGACAACCAAGAAAAUUGGUUACAAGGACUACUUUUUAAAAUAAUUUUUAGCUUCAAUUGUGUGG